AUGCCUUCAAAUAAAAAGUUAAUGGCCAAAAUGAAACAAAUAGCCCAGUGGAUUUUGGUUGUCCAUGUGGUUGAAUUUAUAGAAGCUUAUUGCACACCACGCGACACAGCGAGAAGAUCACCACAGCGUAGUCGUCGCUCGAGGGAACCGCGUCGUUCGCCAGAUACAUCCCGAUGGCGUUACGAUUCCCGUCGCCAUAACUACGACUUUGAUACACGACGACCGUACGAGUACGAAUCUAGGAAGUAUUUCGGAAGAGAAUACGACGCAGAUUCGGGGAGACGACCAGCGUUUGACGCGGAAUCAGCCCGUCGGCGUGCGGAUUACGAAUCAGCUCGAAGGACCGACUUUGAUUUAUCCGCUCCUGAGGUCUCUAGGAGGAGUCCAGAGAGUGCGCCAGAAGGUUCAGCAGACUCGCCCCCAGAACCAGCUCCUUCCGCUCCUCUACGACAAGAAAGACAUUCACGACACCGAUCACAACCAUAUUACGAAUCUGAAUCAUCUUCAGAAGAUCGAUCAUCAUCAACUGAGGAGGAAGACGAGUUCGGUGAACUAGAUCCGUUCGCUACAGCACCUUCAUUACACUCACCGGACAGUGGACGUUCUGACCCGAGAUACGCGAACGCACCCAGACGAAACCCAAGCCCUUAUUACUACGGCGACCUGUUUAAAUCAGCGCCGCCACCUCCGGCUCCUUCAGCGCCAACUGUAUCAUCAACAUCUUCAUCACGCGGCCCUCGCUACAGGAAAUCUGCGAGUCUCGACGCUCCACACGUCGCACAGAGACCAAAUCUACCGAAAAGGUUCUCCGUGGCUGAAGAUGGCUUUCGUGAAUUAGAGCGGUCGUCAUCAUCGUCCGGUGAGAGCGCGUGGAUGCCGCCGAGGCGCCGCGGGCGCGACGCGGCCGGCUGCGCAUGCGCCGCGCCCGAAGAUGUAGAGGAGCAUAGGUCCUCGAGAAGUGUGUUCUACGUGCCGGCGCCAUUGCCACGCUGGCCUCAAGAAAUGACGACUCGACAGAUAUACGAAACAGCCUUUGACUGUAAAAUAGCCCGCUCCGAUGAUGACUUGGACGACUUUGAUCGCGUCAGUAAUCAUCCGGCCUUACUGCAAGCGGAAGAACGAAAAGUUGUUUCUUCUGCGUCAUCAGCGUUUGAGGCUGUUGAGAGGAGUGAACCUGAUUACAAAGGUCGGCGUAAAGUUACCAUGAAAACUGACAGCGUACGACGCUCUAAAAUUCCUACGAUACGACAAAAGAGAGAGAAUGAAAGUAAUGCUUCAGCAUUAUCAGAAGAGCUAGAAAAAGUACACAUUGAAGAAGAAGAUCGUACUUCAACAUCUCAACUUCCAUUGCGUGGUUACACUCCAUCGCCGCCUUCUACGGCACCAUUACCCACGAAAUUCCAGCAAAAGGAUGGGUCUGCUAUGAACAGUAUUAAAAGUGCUCCAAAUUUACCACAAACCCAGCCAUCACAUCCCCGCCUUAAAGAUUUGCGGUUACCUGUUAAAUCACUAAGAGCUCGUGAGACUCCAACCAGUAGUGAUGCGAGUUUGACUGAUGUGAAAGCUUCUGUGUCAACUGAACUUGACGUUGGACAGCGACUCAGGGACUCGAGCCGCGAGUCACGUGAUGGUGACGAUGAGAGGGUACAAUCUAAAGACGGUAUUUUUUUAGAGAUUAAGGGUCGACCCACUUCCGAUUCUGAUACACCUGAAAUGAAUCGAUAUAAGGGCCCUAAAGGGGUCGGCCCUAUAAUGGAGUUCAAAGGUAGGCCCGGUGUUGCACGUCCACGGCGGAAAUAUUCGAGCACAGAGAGUAUGGCUACCAGCAGUAGUGGUGGAAGUAUGGAAUCACUGCGAAGUAGCAAUAGUGAGGGAGAUAGAAGUAGUAGUAGCUCAGAGAGUAGACACUCAUCGUCUUUGAGUUCACACAGCUCGGAUUCUGGUAAUGUGCCAUUUGUUAAGUCACAUCACAUGCAACUAUCGGGGUUUGGGCAUCAUCCGAAUAAACUACAUAUAUUAAGUCCUAUAUCAGAUAAAUCUUCUCAAGAACCGGCUUCUGAAACAUCUGAUAAUAACAAGAAUAACAAUUCACAGAAAGUAUCACCUGAAGACGCCGAUACUGGCAAUGUCACAAUGCAGACAACAGUCGAAAUUUUACCCAAACCUAAAAGACGUGCUUUACAGAAUAGAAAUUUGUUAAACCUAACGUUCAGACAUUCGACUCCUGGCGAUACGGAAAUCCAAGGAUCGGAUAGUGGAAUAUCAAUACAUUCAAGAGAAGGAGUUGAUUCGAGGAAUGCAUUCGUUAACUUCAAGAACAGCAACACCGAAGAAGAAAGAAAAGAUGAAGAUGUUGAUUUGUCUGAUCUUCCAUUUGAUAUGCCGAAACUGCGAAGACGCAGGGCAGAGGCUGAGGUCGACCUUAGAUCUUUGCCCUUCGAUAUGCCUAAACUAAGACGUAAACUCCGCGGACAAUCUUUACAAUUAAAUAGUGACUUCGGCGAAGCUAUCUCUAAUGCUUCAUCCAGUCAAAGCGUACAAGACUUGAAUCAAGAUAAGAAACAUCGUGAUAAAUUGACUUUGAACUUCGAGAGUGGCAGUGGUAGUACGAAAGGGUUACAUUUGAAUCUGGGACCGAUAGCGCCGCCACGAGACUUGAUUGAUGCCUCUCUUCCACUUGACCGUCAAGGGUGGUAUCAUGGAACGUUGUCGCGUUUGGAAGCUGAGGGUUUACUGAGAGACGCGGACGAAGGAGCUUUUCUUGUAAGAAACAGUGAAUCCGCGAAACACGACUACUCUCUUAGCUUAAAAUCGACACGUGGGUUUAUGCAUAUGCGUAUAUGUCGUGGAGGUGAAGGUUAUACUUUGGGAGGUGCGACUACCGCCUUCCCUACUGUUCCGGCUCUCAUGAGACAUUACGUCACAGCCCAGAGACUCCCGGUCAGGGGUGCAGAACAUAUGGCACUCUCCACACCACUGCCAGCUGUUAUGCUAUGA